AUGGAUCAAGAUAGUAUUCCGACAGGCAGCAAGAUUAUGCGAAAAUCUAUCUAUACUUACCUUCAAAACUAUCACUACUUCACCUUAACGUCAGCCCUCCUUGCCUUCCCUUUCUCGGCCUCAACUCUCCUCGCACAUCUGCUUCUUGUUUCCCCCUCGUCGUCUCUCCUUCCAAUCAUAUACAACAGGUUGAACAGUCUGUUCCACGCUGCAGGAUUCCCUCACUCCUCGGAGUUGAUCGCCCUUGUCAGUCUCAAGCUCUCUCAAACAAUCUCCUUUUUCAUUCUCACGCUUCCCCUGAACUCUACUCUGUUCCUCAUCGCAAAAGCAUCUGUUAUUCAAGUCGUCAAUCGCCACAAACCACCUUCUUUCUAUUGUAUUUUCUCCAUUUUCAACCCUCUCCUCCUCACCUAUGCAAGCAAUUCAUUAUUGAUCCUCUCAGCCAAUGCAACAGCUUUUUGUCUCCUGUCCAUUGCUUUCAAUCUUUUUCAUGAUGAUAUUGGAUUUGGCUCUCUCUUCCUCUCAGCUGCUGGAGCUGUUGUUUACUCCAUCAUCCUUGCAAAUGUGAUCAUAAUAUGCAACUUGGCGUUGGUCAUAUCAGGAAUGGAAAGAUUCGGCGGAUAUCUGGCCAUCCUAAAAGCUUGUGUUAUGAUUAGGGGAAGGGCUUCAACGGCGCUAUCACCUACACUUGCUGUCAAUAUAGCCUUGGCAGGAGUUGAAGCAUUAUUCCAAUACCGAAUUGUGAGAGCUCUUUGCUGA